CUCUGCGAGGGUUUAAAAUCUGAAAUUUAGCUCGUGGUUGCAUCAGAUCGUGUUUCUACAGUAAACGAUCGAAAAUGUCCCUGUUUCCUAAAUGGCGUAUGAUUUUGCCAGCUGUGCAUCGCAUUAGGCAUGCUCCAGAAAUUUGGCCAAGUUACGAUAGAUUCAUGCCAUCGUUGUGGGAGUCAUUCCAUUCUCCUCUGUACAGAAAACCUGUACUUGGCACAAGUUACACAUACAUUGAAUUCACUGAAAGUGGAGAGGGUGCAGCGAAAAAAGAAACCAAAGAUGUAGGAGAUGGUGGAAAGGAAUCUGCAAAAUCAGCUGAGAAAUUUGUGGACGAUCGUGAAAGUUUCAAAGUGUCCUUUGAUGUUUCCAAGUUCAAGCCAGAAGAAAUUACCAUUCGCUCAGAAGAUGGAGAGUUGUUGGUGGAAGGCAAGCAAGAGGCGAAGAACGAAGAAGGUUACUCGACACGCCAUUUUGUGCGCUCAUACUCCCUUCCCAGGAAUAUCGACCGCGAUUCAUUUCAGUCACGCCUUUCCAAAGAGGGAAUCUUAAGCAUCGAGGCAAAAAAGCUACAAAAGCCAGAGGCCAAGGACAAUUUUAUCAAGAUCGAGACAGAGGAUUAAUAAUAGUGAAGAAGAAAGCAUGCUUCGUUUCGUAGGACAAACAAAAUUAGCAGGAGGUUUAAUCAAGGAUGCCCUUAUACUUCGUUAGCUUUCAAAAAUAGGUGUAAACUGUGUUCGCUUUUCAUUUUUAUCCAGCCUUAGCUCAGAGACACAAACUUCUUCUUCGGAUUUUUGAUCAUCAAAUGUUUGGAUGGUUUUGAAUAAAAUGGUAAAGAAUCAUUUAGGCGAAAGGUUUGUCAUUCGAAAAGUGCUGACUCGUCUAGAAUGCCAAUUAGGGGCGGGGUAGGGUGUAGCUGUAACUGCUCGAUAAUUGGCCCCACUAACUGUCAAAUAAGUGUAAUGGUACAUGUGAACUCAAUGGCCUCACGCAUUUUCUUGAGAGGUACUGUUCAAUCUGCAAACAGGUUUGUUGACAAACCUCAAACAUAUCAAGUGGAAGUAUUUACCUUGAUCAGUGACACCAAAUUCUCUUAACUAAUCUGCAAGGAAAUGUAUAGAAGCUGGAGUGGAGAAUUAACAAUCAGAUCUUUGAAGUUAAAAGUGUAAAUUAACUCAAAACACUUACUUGAACUCCUUCUUGGAGGAGGCUGCAUUGUAUGUUAGCAUGGCAUACUUCUCUUUUCUUAAAUACUAAAUGCAUAGCUGGAUGUUAGGUGAAACAGAAAACUGAAUAUUAGAUAUCUAAAAUUGCCCCGUUA